AUGUCUGAUUAUCGUCAGAUUAGAGUGCUUGAGGCCACAGAUUGGUAUCGAUUUGCAGACGAACUCAUGGAAAACCUAAGCAAUAACAAACAUACGAUAGGUAAUACUCAUGACUUAGAAAUAUCUGAUGCAACCUUAGGCAUGAAUAUUAUAAAUUCCUACCAUGAGACCUAUCCGUACCUAUAUUUGGCUACACGUUUCGGUGCAUAUCAAAAAAAUCGUUCUGGAUUCCAAAAGUUAUACAAAGAACUAUCAGAUAAGCAUUUUGACGAGGCAAUUGAUUUAAUAAAACAUAUUAAUAAACGUGGUGUUUCUAUCAAUAUGCUGGAGAUAAUUAGUAAUUCUAAGGAGUAUAAAAAAGAUGUGAAAUUUUAUAGUCUUGACAAAGAUGAACUGCAUUCUUUAGGUAUUGCAUUGGACAUAGAAAAAGAACUGUUUGAGAAGGCUGCAAAUGUUACUAAUCACGCAAUUCACGACAUCGAUAAUACCGAAAAAAAUGGGCGUCAUACUAAACAUUAUAAACACCGUGAUCCGGAAUUUGCUCAUUACUUUGAGGAAAAGUUCUUGGGUUCUCAAGCAGAAACUGUGCGUAAAUUAUCUGGUUAUUUUAAUGAUUUAUUGAAAAUAGUGCGCGACGAACAGCAAGAGCUGGGCUUUUAUAUGUUUGAUGAGUAUUUGCAAAAGCAGUAAAUUCAUUUUUAAAAAUUGAGUUACUGUAUUUCAAAUUUUUAAUAUUUUAUAAAUUUUAUGUAAAUACAAUUUGGUGAUUAUUAAUAAACUUCUUUUGAGCAG